AUGGCAUGCACAUCCUCUAUUCUACAUUUGUUGAUGAUGUCGGGUGAUCGUUAUUUAGCAAUAUGUAGACCAUUAGUUCACAGAACUUUACCUCGUCAUAUAGUUUACAUAGCCCUUGCUGUAAGUUGGAUUGUUCCUUGCUUUAUAAACUGCAUGUUAAAUCCUAUAUUAUAUUAUCGUUGCAAUACAAGUGUUAAACAGGCUGUAAAACAACUUAUGAACAAAUGCCAUUACUAG